GGGAGUAAUAAUAAAGAGUACAUCAUAAACUAUAACAUCUGAUACUCCAGUAGAUUCACGCAAUGCAUUGCGCCAAGUACAACUUGGUUUGAACAGAUCAAUGAAAGCAGGAUCGUCCAAUGUUUUAUGUCGUUUUACAUCAAAUGCACAUGUUGACGUGUAACACAAUGGUAGAGUCUACUGCAGAAAAAAUGGACGUUCUGUUCGCUCGACCAACGUAAUGUAAUUACCUAACAAGGUCUAAAGACACGCGAAUGGAGGAUCAUAAUGAACCAUCUUAAUGUGGAACCAUCAACAACUGGUUCUAUCCCCAACAUAGUCAGCCUAAAGAACAAAAAGAUGCGUGCAGUGCGAUGUAAGGGUUCGCUUAUUGUUUUAGCCUGCUGUGUUUCACUCUACGCUAUAUAUCUCCACAUUACUCGCUACAGUAACCAUAGCAACGACUUUAAGCUGAUGGAAAUCGAUACAAAUCAGAACAAUGCCAUCGUGAAUACACGUUCUGUAACUGUGGAGAUUCCAGACCCUGAGAGGAGCGGUUCUCAAAUUAUAGAGCACACGAUAAGCGAGAGACAUCAGCGUGUCAACCUUGUGCCGUCAGUCCCCCCAUCUGAUUUUGUUUUACCUGUGGAGGAUUGUCUGCCCCUCCCCAAGUCACCCAGAGAAAAUGUGAAAAUUUGUCUAUUUAAAGAUGACAGCGAUAUUUGGGUAUCCGGAAAUUUAAAAAAAGGUAAACUUUGGGAGGAGGACUUGGUGUUAGAGCUGGAUAAAGCAUUAAAGAAUGACCCUGACCUAAUGCUGGUUGACCUUGGCGCUAACCUUGGCGAGUACACACUGUGGGCAGCGGCCCUGGGUUAUCGUGUCCUGGCCGUUGAGAUGGUUCUAGAAAAUGUCCACAUGCUGCAGACGUCCCUGAUGCUGAGUGGACUCAGUCAGCUGGUCACUAUAGUAAACAACGCCUUGUAUAGUGACCAUCGUACUCUACAGGUCAACUUUAUGGCGAAGAACAUGGGUGGCAGCAGACUGAACACAUCCAAUGUGUUUGAACCACUGGACAACACACGAGGCGUGGUACUGGUCAACACAAUCUGCCUGGAUGACCUCAUUCCUCUCGUGUCCAACACGAGCGUGUACAUGAAGCUGGACAUUGAGAACACGGAACACGAGGCCCUUAAGUGUGCUGACCACUUCUUCUCAAAGGUCAAUGUCAAGGUCGUACAGAUGGAAUGCCUGAACAAGACGCCGGAAGAAAUAAACAUCGUCAUAAGAUUCAUGGACAGGCAUGGCUAUGUCAUGUCCAAAUCGGGCAACAAAAUUGUGCACGUCUCCUCUUGUUCCGGAGACGUCUUUUUCUUAAAAAACAGUUUUUUUCUAAACUCAUCAUUGAACAAAACAAGGACAUUUGGAGUUGUUGAACAGACAUCGCAGCAGUUUACUCAGACUGAAAUGUUGAAGCCAAAACAACUUUUUCUUAUCAGCCCUGUUUGCCUGAAGAAUAAAGAGAUGCGUGCAGUACGAUGUAAAGGCCUGGUUAUUGUUUUAGCCUGCUGUGUUACGCUCUGCGCCUUAUAUCUCCACAUUAGUCGCUACAGUAACCAUAGCAACGACUUUAAGCUGAUGGAAAUCGAUACAAAUCAGAACAAUGCCAUCGUGAAUACACGUUCUGUAACAGUGGAGAUUCCAGCCCCUGAGAGAAACGGUUCUCAAACGAUAGAACACAAGAUAAGCGAGAGACAUCAGCGUGUCAACCUUGUGCCGUCAGUCCCCCCAUUUGAUUUUGUUUUACCUGUGGAGGAUUGUCUGCCCCUCCCCAAGUCACCCAGAGAAAAUGUCAAAAUUUGCCUUUACAAACAGGACAAGGAUGUUUGGCUUUCGGAAAGUUUAAAAAAAAAUAAACUUUGGGAGGAGGACUUGGUGUUAGAGCUGGAUAAAGCAUUAAAGAAUGACCCUGACCUAAUGCUGGUUGACCUUGGCGCUAACCUUGGCGAGUACACACUGUGGGCAGCAGCCCUGGGUCAUCGUGCCCUGGCCGUUGAGAUGGUUCUAGAAAAUGUCCGCAUGCUGCAGACGUCCCUGAUGCUGAGUGGACUCAGUCAACUGGUCACUAUAGUAAACAACGCCUUGUACAGUGACCAUCGUACUCUACAGGUCAACUUUAUGGCGCAGAACAUGGGUGGCAGCAGGCUGAACACAUCCAAUGUGUUUGAACCACUGGACAACACACGAGGCGUGGUACUGGUCAACACAAUCUGCCUGGAUGACCUCAUUCCUCUCGUGUCCAACACGACCGUGUACAUGAAGCUGGACAUUGAGAACACGGAACACGAGGCCCUUAAGUGUGCUGACCUCUUCUUCUCAAAGGUCAAUGUCAAGGUCGUACAGAUGGAAUGCCUGAACAAGACGUCAAAAGAAAUGAUUAUCGCCAGAGAAUUCAUGGACAGGCAUGGUUACGUCAUGUCUCAGUCGGGCAACCAAAUUGUUCCGGUUUUCUCUUGUUCCGGAGACGCCUUUUUCUUAAAAAAGGUUUUUUUCUAAAUGCAUCAUCGAAGAAAUCAGGAUCAAUUCCAUCUUAUAUAAUUUAUUGUUCUAAUCUUUAUCAUUGAAUAAAACAGCAUUUAUUAAUGACUAUAAUCACUCGGCCAUAUAUCUAGACCAACUUU